CUAUUUUAGUUUUUCGAUGUGAUGUUACGCAUAAUUUUUGUGUUGUGAAUGAAUAUAUAUCGAGUCGGUAAUAACGGUCUAACUGGGGAGUGCCAAAUAUAGGAUCUAACCUGGACCGUAUUUCUACUUUGCCUUUACAAUUUUGGUAAGAAACAUGAAAGUACUAUUAGUUAGAUCAUAUGAUUUUAAAUUAUUAUUUUUACAGAAAUCUGGCAGUAAAACCAGUGGACGAGGUAUUGGUGGCUCUGCAGUAUUAUGCUUCGGGCUCCUUUAUGCGCUGCGUAGGCGACAUGACAGGGCUCCACAAAAGCACUGUCUGCCGAAUUGUCCAUCGGGUGACAGAGGAGAUUGCCCUAUUGCGCCCCUUAUUUAUAAAUAUGGCCAGGUCCAUGGCUGAGCAAAGAGAUAUUGCAGCCUCAUUUUAUGAACUGGCCAGGUUUCCAAAAGUCUUGGGAGCCAUUGAUUGUACCCAAAUGGGCAUUAUAUCACCAGGUGGCAAUAACGCCGAAGAUUUCCGCAACAGGAAAGGAACAUUUUCUAUUAAUGUGCAAGUGAUUGGUGAUGCAGAUUUGUGCAUCCGAAAUAUAGUAGCCCGUUGGCCGGGGUCCGCACAUGACAGCCAUGUCUUUAACAGCUCCAACCUUAAGCAUAGGGUGGAGGCAGGCGAGUUCGCGGACUACUGGUUGCUCGGGGACUCUGGCUACGGGUUGAAGCCAUAUCUGCUCACCCCACUUGCAAACCCUUAGACCCGUGCAGAGAAACUGUAUAAUGAGAGCCACAUCCGCACCCGAAAUUCAAUUGAACGCCUAUUCGGCGUGUGGAAAAGGAGGUUCCCAAUAUUGGGAUCCAAGAUUCGUUGCAGGCUGCCGAGGCUGCAACCAAUUAUUGUGGCCACGGCCGUGCUGCACAAUCUGUGCAGACAGUACCGUGUAAGGCAGCCUGUUGACCUUAUACCCAUUGAAGAUCACAAUGAGAACCCGGCUCCUGUUGCGGCCUAG